UCCAAAAUUCCAUUUCUUCUCUGCACAAACAUAACUUGGAUCCGCAGAUUCUGGGUCUUUCUCAAUUUCUUAUAAUACAUACACUAAUAAUUUAACCCUCCCCAAACAAAAAAAGAAAAAAGAAAAACAUACAAAACAUAAGACACCACAUUAUAGCCCACCAGACAUGAUCAUUUUGGUUCCUCCCUAGGUUUAGCUUAAGCUCAAAACUUAAAAACACUUCCUUUCCUGUUCCUCACCUCUUUGGAAUUUGUAGCCACGAAAAUUGUAAUUUGUAAUGCCUCUAAACCCAAUAACAUCAUGGACUUUCUCUUCUUUCUUCUUAAUCCUCCUCUCCUCUUCCCUCACCAUCAUGGUCAUCCACUUCCCUUGCAUGGCUUUAGCCCUCAACCAACAGGGCCAAGCUCUUCUCUCAUGGAAGCAAACUCUCAAUGGCUCCUCACUUCAAUCACUCUCCAAUUGGGACCCCAAUGACGCCACCCCGUGUUCUUGGUUCGGAAUCACCUGCAACUUCAACAACGAGGUUGUCGGACUCGGCCUUAAGUACGUCGAUUUGCUCGGCGAACUCCCGUCGAACUUCUCCUCCUUGUCGUCGUUGAACACGCUGAUAUUGUCGGGAACCAAUCUCACCGGCGGAAUCCCGAGGGAGAUCGGUUCGCUGCCGAAUUUGAUCGAAUUAGACCUCAGCGAAAACGCGUUAACCGGAGAAGUUCCGGUCGACUUAUGCGGAUUGGUUAGGCUAGAGAGGAUGAUACUGAACUCGAAUGAAUUGGAAGGGGCGAUUCCUGAUCACAUUGGUAAUUUGACGAGCUUGAAAUGGCUGACUCUGUAUGAUAAUCAGCUCAGCGGCGGGAUUCCGAGCAGCAUUGGGAGGUUGAGCCGGUUGGAAGCCAUUCGAGCGGGCGGAAACAAGAACUUGGAAGGUCCUUUGCCUGAAGAGAUUGGAAACUGUACUAAUUUAGCCAUGUUAGGGUUUGCGGAGACGAGUCUCUCUGGCUUUCUUCCUUCCUCCAUUGGAAGGCUGAAGAAGCUUCAGACGUUGGCUAUUUACACCGCUCUUCUCUCUGGCCCGAUACCGAAGGAGCUCGGAGACUGCGACGAGCUUCAGAACAUCUACUUGUACGAGAAUUCGCUCUCUGGAUCGAUUCCCAGUGGGCUGGGGAACCUGAGGAAGCUUCAGAAUCUUUUGCUGUGGCAGAACAACUUGGUCGGGACUAUUCCAUCGGAGAUUGGGAACUGCGUUGAGCUUUCGGUCAUCGACAUGUCGAUGAACUCGCUUACGGGAAGCAUUCCAAAGUCGUUUGGGAAUCUCACUUCGCUCCAGGAGCUCCAGCUUAGUAUGAAUCAGAUCUCCGGAGAGAUUCCAGUGGAGAUCGGGAACUGUGGGAAGAUCACUCAUAUUGAAUUGGAUAAUAACCAGAUCGCCGGUACGAUUCCUACCGAGAUGGGAAACCUCUCGAAUCUAACGUUGAUGUACCUGUGGCAGAACAAGCUCGAAGGCAACAUUCCGCCGUCGAUGUCGAAGUGUAGGAAUCUUGAAGCCAUUGAUUUGUCGCAGAAUUUUCUCACUGGAUCGAUUCCUAGCGGAAUCUUCGAGCUCGAGAAGCUUAGUAAGUUGCUUCUUUUGUCGAACAAUCUGUCUGGUAUAAUUCCUCCGGAAAUUGGGAACUGCUCGUCGCUGAUUCGGUUUAGGGCUAGCGACAACAAGCUGACUGGAGCGAUUCCGCCGCAGAUUGGGAAUUUGAGGUUUCUGAAUUUCUUGGAUCUCGGAUCGAACCGGAUCACCGGAGUCAUACCGGAGGAGAUCUCCAGUUGCCGGAAUCUGACGUUCCUCGAUCUGCAUUCCAAUUCAAUCGGCGGAAACCUUCCACGAGGUUUUGAACGGCUCGUCACUCUGCAAUACCUCGACUUAUCAGAUAAUUUGAUCGAAGGAGCCAUAAGUCCCGGCAUCGGAUCGCUGAGUUCACUCACUAAGCUCAUCCUAGGGAAGAACCGAUUCUCCGGAACAAUUCCGAGCCUGCUCCAAUCGUUUUCGAAGCUACAAUUGCUCGACCUGAGCGCAAAUCAGCUCACCGGACAGAUUCCAGGGAGUAUGGGGAAGCUUCCAGCGCUGGAAAUCGCUCUGAAUCUAAGCCGAAACAAGCUCUCUGGCGUAGUACCGGAAGAAUUGACGACCUUGGACAAGCUCGGAAUUCUGGAUCUCUCCUACAACCAGCUCACCGGCGACCUCCACGUCCUCGCCGACAUGCAGAACCUCGUGGUCCUCAACGUCUCCAAUAACGGCUUCUCCGGGCGCGUGCCGGACACGCCCUUCUUCGCGAAGCUCCCCCUCAGCGUCCUCUCCGGCAACCCCUCCCUCUGCUUCGCUGGCGACAGCUGCGCGGGGCCCUGGUCGGCCCGUAACGGCAUGAGACACAGUACGGCGGCGCGCGUGGCCAUGAUCGUCCUUCUCUGCACAGCCGGGGUCCUCCUCCUGGCGGCGCUCUACGUCGUCGUCGGAGCCAAAAGGCAUGGGGCCGGUGGGGACCACGAGAGCGAUCUUGAAGCCGAUGGUGACGUGGAGAUGGGCCCACCAUGGGAAGUCACUCUCUUCCAAAAACUCGAACUGUCGAUAUCCGACGUGGCAAAGUCACUGAUACCUGGCAGCGUAAUAGGUCGGGGCCGAAGCGGCGUCGUUCACAGAGUCGAAAUCCCGUCGGGAACAACCCUCGCCGUGAAAAGAUUCCGGUCCUCGGAGAAGUGUUCGGCGGCGUCAUUUUCGUCGGAGAUCGCCACGCUGGCUAGUAUCCGACACCGGAACAUCGUCCGAUUGCUCGGUUGGGGAGCAAAUCGGAAGACGAAGCUUCUCUUCUACAGUUACAUGGCCAACGGGAACUUGGCUUCGUUGCUUCACGAGGGGAGCGCAGGAUUAGUGGAGUGGGACACCCGGCUGAAGAUAGCGCUGGGCGUUGCCGAGGGCUUGGCGUACUUGCACCACGACUGCGUCCCUGCUAUUGUGCACCGGGACGUCAAGGCGCACAAUAUCCUGCUCGGUGAACGGUACGAGGCUUGCCUGGCCGACUUCGGUCUCGCCCGAUUGCUCGAUGACGAUCAAAACGGUUCGUUUUCGGCCAACCCCCAAUUCGCCGGUUCUUACGGCUACAUUGCGCCGGAAUAUGCUUCGAUGCUGAAAAUCACAGAAAAGAGCGAUGUGUAUAGCUUUGGAGUGGUCCUUUUGGAGAUAAUAACAGGGAAAAAGCCGGUGGAUCCCUCAUUCCCUGAUGGCCAACAUGUCAUACAAUGGGUCCGAGACCACUUGAAGAGCAAAAAGGACCCAGUUGAGAUCCUUGAUCCAAAACUUCAAGGACAUCCAGACAUUCUGAUACAAGAGAUGCUCCAAGCCCUCGGAAUCUCCCUCCUCUGCACGAGCACCCGCGCUGAUGACCGGCCGAGCAUGAAGGACGUCGCGGCCUUGUUGAAGGAAAUUCGACAAGACCCCACCAUAGGAAACGACUCACAGAAGCUCAACAACAACAAGAAAUUGGAUAAUGGUAGUACUACCAAUACUACUACAAAUACCACUUAUUCUUCUUCUUCCAUGGCAGUAAAACCGGCUGAAUUGCUGCUUCUACAAGGCUCGUCUCGUUGCUCACUCACUAAUUACUCAUCUUCCUCAGCUGGCUAUGUCUCCGAAAACAACACCAACAAUAACAACAAGAAUAAUAAUCAAUAACGUAUUAAUCUUGUGACAAUGUGGUAGUGAUGAGAGAGAUAUAUAUACUUCUAGGAGAUCACAACUUUGCUCGUGAUUAGUUAGGAAUAGAGAGCAAACUAUGAGGCAGUGUAAAGAGUAAUUAAUUUUAGGAAAAGGGUAAAAUUUAAUUAUUAGUUUUGAGUUUAAAUUAAAACAAAUGACAAAGGGAGAUUAGCUGCAGAUUAACUGAGUGUACAGCAGGCUAUUUUAAUUGAUUUUGCCACU